AUGCUCGACGAAAGAACAUUACAGUCUCUUGGGCGGUCACCGAUUUCCAUAUCGUCGUUACUCUCGUCCGAGGAAUAUUUGGCGAUGUACGAAACGCACGAGGCACGCGCCCAGGACAGUUACCUUACGGGCACCCCCCAGAUCACGUUUUUCCGAGUGGUUUACCGUCGUCACACCAACUUCGCGGUGGAGUCGAUCGUGCAGACGGCGAACGGGCAGAUGGAUUUCUCGAAGCGCACCAGCAUCAACCUGAGCAGGAACGGCGAUCUGAUCACCAACGCCUGGCUGCAGGUGACGCUGCCGGCGCUGGACCAGCGCGUGGUGGUGGGGGGUUCGACGUCGACGUACGUGCAUUACGUCAACUCGGUGGGCCACGCCAUGCUGAAGUCGGUCGAGAUCGACAUCGGCGGGCAGAAGGUGGACAAGCACUUCGACGCCUUCUACGAGGUGAUGGACGAGCUGGAGGUGCCGUCCGAGAAGAGGGCCGGCCUGAACGAGAUGCUGGGCCGGUACGACGAGCUGGACACGUCCACCACGGGCAACCUGGUGAACCAGAGCGGGCAGAGGACCUACUACGUGCCGCUGCGGUUCUGGUGGAACAAGCUGCCGGGUCAGGCCCUGCCCUUGCUCGCGCUCAUGUACCACGACGUGCGCAUCAACAUCGAGUUCCGGAGCGCCCUGGAGCUAGUGAAGUCCGACGUGGCGCUGACCCAGCCCACGAGCGGCGGCGCGCCGCUGAGCUUCAUCGACGCCUCCCUGUGGGUGGAUUAUGUCUAUUGCGAUGCAGCUGAAAGGAAGCGCUUUGCGGGCGAUGCGCACGAAUAUCUUAUAGAGCAGGUGCAAUUCACGGGCGACGAGUCCAUCCCCGCCAGCGUCUCGUCGAGCACGCAGAAGAUCCGCCUCGCGUUCAACCACCCCGUCAAGGAGCUCAUCUGGGUCGUCACGCCCGAGACCUCCGCCGCGGUGGACGCCAAGAACGGCAACAUGCUCUUCGACUUCGGCCAGAUCGCCGGCGUAGACUACAUCCAGAGCGCGAAGCUCAUGCUCAACGGGCACGACAGGUACACGGAGAGGCCCGGAACCUACCACCGCCUCGUCCAGCCGUACCAGCACCACCCGCGCGUCCCCAGCAGGCCCGUCUACGUCUAUUCUUUCGCGCUCGAGGCGUCGUCUCAUCAACCGAGUGGCGCGACUAACUUCAGCAGGAUCGACAACGCACAGCUGUACCUCACCACCAGGCCCAACAUGCCCGCAGCCCGCGUGAAGGUCCUGGCCAUCAACUACAACGUCUUCCGUAUACAGGGCGGGAUGGGUGGUCUGGCUUACUGCAGCUGA